CGACAAAAGCAACAUCACCCCACCGACACACACCCCGUUGCGGCCUCUACCUUGCUUUCAGACCACUGCUUGCGACCAAAUCUGCCUGAUCCGCUUCGCUGGCUCUCUGCUGUCAAUAUCCGUGCGUCUCCCAUCACAUCAGCGAAGAGAAGAAGGUGGAUGGGUCGAUCAUGAGUCAUCCGAGUGGAGGAGGAAGGGAGGCAAUGGUGACCUCAGCAGGAGCAGCAGCAAGCACUCCGCCGCAAGUCAGCGGAGGCUCCCUCGAACAGAGCAAAGGAGGAUCUGGCAGUGGCAUCAAUCCCUCGAUGCUGUUCAACAGCUCCUUUGCCAGCGGUGCGGCCUCGGGAGGGACCAGCAGCAAGCAAACUGCACAAACCGGCGAAGGCCAUAGGAGAGGUAGCGGCAGCAUGGAUUAUGAAGGCGAGGAAAACGGCGAGGCACGAAGCAGCGAAGAGCGGGUGAUGGAUGAUGGCCCGGUCGAUCCAAGCUCUGGACCAGUCAGGACAAAGCAGGAAGGCGGGUACAAGCAUUCAAAGACCCCCAUUCCUGCGCCAGUCAAGGCUGCCUGCACCUAUUGCCGGUCGAGAAAGUCGAGGUGCAAUGGCAAGCAGCCUUGCGCGGCGUGCAUCAAUCGAGGGAGGACCGACGAGUGCAUCUAUACCAUCUCACGAAGAGGCGGUAAGCCAAAGAACAAGUCCGAAAGGAUGGAGCCUCUGGAGGCGCAUCUCGAGAAGCUUUUCAACCUGUCGGACCUGCCUCACAUGGUGCGAGUACCACACGCCAUUCCCCAGCUUCAAGACUUCCAGCGAGAGAAGCAGCAGCAGCAGCAACAGCAGCAACAACAGCAACAGCAGCAGCAACAGCAACAGCAUGCAGCCCAGCUACCUCCGUCCGCUGGCAUCGUUCCACAGGCACAGAUGCAGCAGGCCGAGUCAUCACAGAUGGGCGCCAAUGGAGGCAUGCCCCAGUUUUGGGCCGGUCAGAUGUCGUCUCCUUUCGCACCUGCGAUGAACUUCGCCUCACCAAUUGAUGCGCUCGGCUCUUGGCAGCCGCAGCCGACCUCUGAUCCAAGCUCCAACGAGGACACCUCACCAAAGAGUCUGCUACUCGACUACUACCAGAAUCUGUACCGAUUCAUUCCUGUCCUGCCCCAGCCGGCGUACCUCGACCAGCUGGCCUCGACGAUGCCUUCCGAGUCGCCCAUUCUCUUUGCGCUACAGACGAUCCUGCCGCUGCUCAAGGAGGGCGAGUCGUUGGACGGAUACUCUUCUGGGCAGCAAUCGUACAUCGACCAGGAGGCAAAGGCACGGAGGCGGGAGAAGGCAAUGCAGAGCGAGAGGAGGGCGACGCAGGCCAUCGAUGCCGUCUUGGAAAAGGCAGAGGGUCCCUUUUCCACCGACGGGUCCCUUGAGAUCCACACACUCGAGGUCAUUCAGGCGCUCUGCGUCUUGACAAUCUACGAGUAUGGAAGUGGGAGAGCGCUCAAGGCUCGCCUGAAGGCGGAUCAGGCCCUGGGCUUGGCCAUGUCUAAGGGUCUCCACCGGCUCUCUUCGACAAGCACGUCCGCCUCAAGUAUCGCUUCGCCCCACGCUGGGUUCCGAGGGACAGCUGAUCGUGGCAAGACAGGCGAUUCGAGCCACUUUCUCAAUUCGAUCGACGAGCACGAGAUGCUCGAGGUUCGGAAGAGAAUCUGGUGGACGCUCUGGAGUCUGGUCCUCUGGACAGCCUACAACAGCGGCCGCAUUCCUACGAUCCGAGCAGAUGAUCCCAGGGUGCGAAGCGAGCUUCCUCACUGCAGCGAUGAAAAGGCGUGGGCAUCAUCUGUGCGCUCGCUCCAAGCUCUGCUUCUCGUCCAGGAUCGCGUCUUGGCGCUUUCGCACUUGGAGAACAACGAUGCGGGCGAGAAGCAGGACCCAACUUCGCCCAUUUCCAGCACGGGACUGUCUCUGCAGAGCCAGCUACCCUUUUCUGGCGCGCCGCCAUUCCAGUCGUCGCCGUCAACUUCAGGCUCCAACGAAGUGCCCUCUUCCUUCUCCAGCCUGCCUACCGUGGCCAGCAAGCAGGAAAUCCUCUCUUCCAUGCUCCAGAUUGACGCAGCGCUGCAGGAGCAGAUCACAGCGUGGGAAGCAGGCGAUGGCCUCUCUCAGGUACUCAAGGGCGCACGAUCUAAGACGAGCACGCUAGAGACCGCCGAGGACGACCUGAUGGCCUACUUGCACACGAGUGCCGCCAUACAGCUCUACACAUCCAGCCUGACGCUGCACAUCGGCCAAGCAUUCCAGGGGGCGUCGCUCUUUGAACGCAAGCUAUGCUUCCUCUCGAGCGUCGGCGAAACAAAUGACUCUGCAGCCUGCCAGGUGCCCAUGCCAAACGCCUUUCUCGACGACGUGGGAGCCGGUGCAACCAGCACCUGGUUUACCGAUGAUUCUCAGCAGCCUGUCUCGAUGGAGCCCCAGCAGGACCUCUAUGCCAGGGGUCCCUUUCUGCCCCGUCAGAGCCUGCAGCGGUGUGUCCAUGCCAGCAAGAAGCUCCUCGAGAUCUCGAGGCUGUCCAAAGGCUCCGUCUCGAGCCCCAAUCCUUUCAAUGCGUGCAGCUUUGUCCUCAUCAGCUUUGUGUGCUUGAUGCAGGCCCUGGCCAUCUCGGGAAACGCGCCAGACGAUGGAACAGGCGAGGAAACCAGCACGAGCAGCUUCUCUCGAGAGCUUCUCAUGUCUGCCCAAGGCGCCGCCGCGCUCAGUCCAGCCGGCUUCCCUUCCUUCAAUGGCUUCAACGGUCGGGGCUCUGACCCCACGGCUCAGCGGCAGGAGCGCUUGCAGCAGAUCUGGGAGCGGGUCAAGGAGGCCAGAGACACGCUCCGGGGCCUGUCCAAGCACUGGGACAUGGUCAUCCCCAUGGCCGACGAGGUUGGCGGCUGUCUCGAAGCCAGCCAGCUCCUCCUUAGC